AUGCUGGGGUCAGGGGGCACGCCAGGGGGGAAUAAGACCUACUUCCCCUUCUUCUCGGACUUCAGGGGCCACCGUGUGACGGCCCUGCGCAUUGGCGAGUCGUCUGUCCUGGCCUCCAUCUUCCUGCUGGCCUUGGCGGGAAACAUCUGGGGCAUCUGCCUGCUGCUGCGGCGGCGGCCGCGGCUGUGCGCUGCCAACUGCCUCGUCCUCAACCUCUUCUGCGCCGACCUGCUCUUCAUCACCGCCAUCCCCUUCAUCGCUGUCGUGCGCUGGACCGAGUCCUGGGUGCUGGGCGACGUCGUCUGCCACAUGCUCUUCUAUGUGAUGAGCCUCAGCGGCACCGUCGUCAUCCUCUCCCUCUCGGCCGUCAGCUUGGAGCGCGUCGUCAGCAUCGCCCGGCUGCGCCACGGCGCCCUCCGCCGCCGCAAGGCGCUGGCCGCAGCCCUCCUGCUCGUCUGGGGCAUCGCCGCCCUCGCCACCCUCCCGCUCUGCUGCUUCUUCACCGUGGUGCGGCUGCCCGCGGCCAGCGGCGAGGAGAUUCAGAUUUGCACCUUGGUUUGGCCCAGCACUGCAGGAGAAAUAGUUUGGGAUGUGACCUUUGCCAUUGUUUUCUUUCUAAUACCCGGAUUAGUAAUUGUCAUCAGUUAUUCCAAAAUCUUACAGAUAACAAAAGCAUCAAGGAGGAGUUUAAAUGCUGGUUUAGCCUACUCAGAAAAUCAUCAGAUUCGUGUUUCCCAGCAAGACUACAAACUAUUUCGAGCCCUCUUUGUGUUGAUGAUCUCUUUCUUCAUCAUGUGGAGCCCAAUUACAAUAAUUAUUCUUUUAAUUUUAGUCCAGAAUGGCAAACAAGAUUUAAAUAUUUUGCCAUCAGUUUUUUUCUGGAUAGUGUUAUUCACUUUUGCCAACUCUGCUGUCAAUCCAAUUUUGUAUAAUGUUGCUUAUUUCAGACGUAAAUGUCAGGAAGUUCUUCUCUGUUGUACAGGGAACCCUGUGAGGCAUGGAGCUGGUACAGAAACCACUGCAAGAAGAAGUAACCAUGAACAACCAAAUUUGUCUUUCAUUACCAGAUAAUUGUUUUAAAGCCUGAGCUGUACCAUACUUUGGAUGUUGAUGUCUACACUAUCGCAGGUUGAAUAGGUCACUAUGUUAUAGUAUUAUAUGCCAAAGAAGGAGAAAAAAAAAGUUAAACCUGUAUUUUUAAUUCCUGCAGGUAAAAUUCUCUUGCUUCAGUAAGAUUUGGAUAAUUUAGUCCAAUGGAUUGAAUUAUCCAUUUACACUGAAAUAAAUAGAAAUAUAACAGUGAAUUUGGUGAACAUAAAAUAGUUUAAGUAAGUACUUACUAAACUAAUUUCUGUGAGGGUACACUUGCAUAAAUGGCAUUAACUUUAAGUUAUAAAGAAUCUGUAUCGAGGGCACCUGAUCCAUUUUUACUCUAUUUUCUACUGAGUAAUAGAGAUCAAUGUUCUAGUGAAAAUGUACAUACUCAGAAAGUACCUGUUCUUUUUUUCAGUCCCAUUUUAAAAAGACUCUCGUUUAUACACUUAGAUAACUGACUGCCUGAAGAUAGGCUUGGGCAGACUAACCAAUUUUGUGUAGGAAACAAGAUGAUAAACACGUGUUGUCACCAAGUGAAUGACCAGUGAGGUUCUAUCUCAAAUUAGCAGUAUGGACAUAAUGCCUGUUAACUUAUAAUAAAUAAAUAAAUAAAUAAAUAAACAAAUGCUUACUUGUCAUAUAUAAAAUACAUCUUUUAAAACAGUGCAUAUUUUUAUGUCUUCAGCAGUCAUAUAAGAAAGUUAAUCAGUGAUAUAUAGGGUCACUGAAAUUCCUCCUUUCUAAAAUGCUAUUGAGAACAAUGCAGUAUUUCCUAGAAAAAAAAGAUUACAUUGUAUUUGAAAAUAAAUUAAAAGUUUUAGAAAGCAAAUACAUAUAUUUUAGUUCUUUUAAAUUAAAACUCUUCGAGUCAGAUAUGGAAACCACUAAAAAAAAAAGAUUAAGUUCUCAAUUAUCGCCGUUUGUCACCAAUUCAAAUAGUGCAUUAAGAUAAUG